AAAGUGAAUCGCAGUCCGUGAGAAAAAACAAGAAAAUUUCAUGAAAGCCCCAAGACACGCCGCGUAGAAUGAUAAUAAACCAGAUCUUGGUGUGUUUCCAUAUAAGUUUACUGAUAAGUUUCGCGAAAAGUGACCAAGUGGUGUUAUUGGACACGACAAAAGAAGCAACACUCGAAUGGACUCGUUUCCCGUACGGACCGCAGGCACAAACGCCCGGCUGGGUCGAGGAAUCCUUCACGAAUUUCGGCAAAGGCAUUAAUUGGCGCAGCUAUGUGGUCUGCGACGUCGCCUACAACAACGUCAACAACUGGUUGUGGUCCCCCUUCAUCGAUCGCGGACCCGCCAAUCGACUUUACAUCGAAAUUCACUUCACAAUUCGCGAUUGUUCGCUCUUUCCCGGCAACGCGCUCUCCUGCAAAGAGACAUUUUCGCUACUUUUUUACGAAUUUGAUGCGGCAACGCGCGAACCGCCGCCAUGGCAGCCCGAAAGCUAUAAAUUAAUUGGGAGAAUUGCGGCGGGCGAAGGUCGUUUCAACCAGAAUUCCGACGUUGACAUCAAUGUCGAGGUCAAAAGUAUCGCCGUCACCAAGAAGGGGGUGUAUUUCGCGUUUCGCGAUCAAGGCGCCUGCAUCAGUAUUUUAGCUGUGAAAGUUUAUUAUGUCACGUGUCCCGCAAUUACGAUAAAUUUUGCGCAUUUUAAUGAGACGCCAACGGGUAGGGAAGUGACAAUUAUCGAACAGCAGACGGGAUAUUGCGUUGAUAAUGCGGAAGCGAGUGAACCACCGACUUAUUUGUGCAAAGGAGAUGGCAAAUGGACCAUUUUAACGGGUGGUUGCAAGUGUAAAGUUGGUUUUGAAGCAGAUAAUGAAAAGCAAUCUUGCAACGUUUGUCCCAUCGGGACUUUUCGAUCGUCGGAAGUUAAUACUUGCACGACUUGUCCACUAAAUUCGCGUUCAAAUAAGAUCGGUUCAGCGUUCUGUACAUGCAUCGACGGCUAUUAUCGACAUCCAAGAGACGGGAAACACAUGCCAUGUUACAAACCGCCCGGCCCGCCAACGAAUCUCACGUUACUCUUCAUCGAUCAAACCAGCGCCAUCCUCUCGUGGAACGCCCCAACUCGUUCCAGCAACGAAAUUGCCGAUUUGAAGUACCGGAGUCACAUUGUUUUCCGCGCAAAAUGCUCGGCAUGCUCGUCGAACGUCGUUUUCAAUCCGCCAACCGAAACUUUUAACGACACAAAACUCACACUGACGAAUCUCGACCCCAUGAGUACGUAUACCGUCCAAAUUCACGCCCAAAAUGGCGUUUCAGUUGAGCUGAAUCCCGAUACGGGCACUCCUGUGGACUCUGUAACCACUGAAACGCCCUUCGCUCGUGGCACUGAUCCAGCCAGCGAUGAAAUUAAAUCGGAAUUCGCUGAAAUUAUCUUCACGACAGAGUCGACGGUGCAAAGUACGGUCUAUAAUUUGAAAGUUCAGGCAAUUACGAGCAAGGAAGUCGACUUGAUGUGGGAUAAACCGAUGCACAGUGACUCGCCCAUUGAGUUUUAUGAGGUGCGGUAUUUCCCAAAGGCGGAAGUAGAUGCCGUUAAUAAGUCGACACUCAGUACGAAAGAGUCCAAAAUUCACAUUACCGAUCUGAUGGAGAAUACAGAGUACGGAUUUCAAGUGAGAUGCAAGACUAUUAACGGCUUUGGCACGUACAGCAAUAUUGUGUAUGCCCAAACGCAUCAAAGUGUGAGUCCAGUUUAUGACGAUAAUUAUUCCGUGAACGUGAUUGCUGGAAGUACGAUUGUCAUCAUUGUCAUCUUUUUGGUAGUUUGCAUUUGCAUUUUCGGCUACAUCCGUUCGAAAAAUCAGGACGACAUCGAUAAGAAAGCCAACAAUCAUCACCAACUUCCCCUCGACUACGCCAGCAACGAAGGACUCGUUGUAACAUAUAUGCACGCCAUGGACACAACACCGAUUGUUAAAACAAUUCAAAACAACGUGACGACUCCCUUAUUUGGAACGACGAGAAGUUACGUUGAUCCACACACUUACGAAGAUCCGAAUCAAGCAAUUCGUGAAUUUGCUCGUGAAAUUGAUGCAGGGUACAUUACAAUUGAAGCCAUUAUUGGGGGCGGUGAAUUUGGGGACGUUUGUCGCGGAAGACUGAAGAUACCACCUAAUUUCAUCCAAGAAAUUGAUGUAGCAAUAAAGACUUUGAAGCCGGGUAAGUCUGGUGACUUUAGAAGUUCCUCUGAGAAAGCCCGCUGCGAUUUCCUCACCGAAGCGUCGAUCAUGGGUCAAUUUGACCAUCCGAACGUCAUUUACUUGCAAGGUGUCGUCACGCGUUCCAAUCCCGUCAUGAUUAUCACCGAAUACAUGGAAAACGGCAGUUUAGACACCUUCUUGCGUGCCAACGACGGAAAAUUCCAAACGCUUCAGCUCAUCGGCAUGCUACGUGGCAUUGCUGCUGGCAUGGCAUAUCUCAGCGACAUGAAUUACGUGCAUCGCGACUUGGCAGCACGAAAUGUCCUCGUAAAUACGAGUCUCGUGUGCAAAAUUGCCGAUUUCGGGUUGUCGCGUGAAAUUGAGAACGCAAGUGAUGCGUAUACGACGCGCGGUGGCAAAAUUCCCGUGCGUUGGACCGCACCGGAGGCAAUCGCGUUCAGAAAAUUCACGUCGGCGAGCGACGUUUGGUCGUAUGGCGUCGUGCUAUGGGAGGUAAUGUCGUACGGGGAACGACCAUACUGGAAUUGGUCGAAUCAGGAUGUGAUCAAGUCGAUAGAGAAAGGCUAUAGACUUCCGGCGCCCAUGGAUUGUCCAGAAGCGUUAUACCAACUUAUGUUAGAUUGCUGGCAGAAACAACGAACACACAGGCCAGCAUUCGCCAGUAUCGUCAGCACGUUAGAUAAUUUAGUUAGGCAACCGCAGGCACUAAUUGUAACACGGAAUUCACCCGACAACGAGCGAACUGCCACAAUGGAGAGUCAGGGCAGACCGAAUAAUGUCUUCAUCACAGUCGAUCUGUGGCUCGAAAGUAUAAAAAUGUCAAAGUAUUUGCAGCACUUUAAAGAAGCUGAUUUAGUGACGGCACAUCAGAUCUCACGACUAACCGCUCAACAGUUAUCCGACAUGGGUAUCACCUUAGUAGGACAUCAAAAGAAGAUAUUGCAUCAGGCAAGGCAGCUCGAUACGAUUAUCUAGAAUCAACUAGACUUUAGCGAAUUAGAUUUUAUUACGUAUAAUAUAUUAAUUUAACUAAGAAUUAUUUAGGACAACGCAUUUCUUGAGACAACUCGAGAGACAACAAAAAAAAACUCAAAACAACAAACUUAGACUCAUAAGAAUGUAAAAGUAUACAAAAGUAGCUUUUUUGCUUUUAAUUCGUUUUUUUCGAUCAAUUCACGGACAAAUAAGACUUUUUUAUAAAAAUAUCUCUCUUUUUUCUCGACAUCACAUUUAUGUUAAAUAUUGAAUUAUAUAUGAUAGAUUUUAAGAAUGUGAUUUUUUUUUGUAAAUUUUUAUUACAAAACAAUUUUUAUGUAUUUUAACAUUCCGAAUGCAUUUUUUAAAACAAAAAACCACCAAUUUUUUAUAUGAAUCUUGCCCAACUGCCAGUUUUUUGUAAAUAAAAUUAUUUUUUUUUAAUCUAGACCAAAACGACGCUACGAAUUUAGUUAAGAAGCUGUGCUUCAAAAUUCUUUUCUCGCCAGCGAAACGUGACUUCCGUCCCUUUUUCAGUUUCGCCAUGCUUUUCUACUUACUCUCCUUAAUUUCCAGUUAAAAAAAUUUCCAUUGUCCCAGUUUCGAGCGUCAUGUGUCAUUACAAUCAAAAUUAAUCUAAAAAAAAAUAACUUUUUAAAAAAUUUCGGCUAAAAAUAUAUUUUAUAAUAAAAAAUACUCUAUUUCAACGAAAAACUU